AUGUAUACAGGGGUGUGCUUCUCUCUUGGACUGUUGGUUAUAAUGUCCCUGAGGAAUAAUCCUCCAGAAGCUGAUGCUUUCCCUUCAUUGCCUCUGUCCAAUCUCUUCACCAAUGCUGUGCUCCGAGCACAACACCUCCACAUGUUGGCUGCUGACACAUAUAGAGAUUAUGAGCGCACUUAUAUCCCAGAAAAUCAGAGACAUUCAAAUAAAAACUCCCAUGCAGUGUUCUGUUAUUCAGAAACUAUCCCUGCUCCAACUGACAAAGACAACACUCACCAGAAGUCCGAUAUGGAACUUCUGCGCUUCUCACUAACACUAAUUCAAUCCUGGCUGAACCCAGUGCAAGUUCUCAACAGGGUGUUCACCAACAAUUUGGUGUUCGGAAGUUCAGACAAAGUCUAUGAAAGACUAAGGGAUCUGGAGGAGGGAAUCCAAUCCCUAAUGAGAGAGCUAGAAGAUGGAAAUUUCCGUGGAUCUUCUUUACUCAGACUGACAUAUGACAAAUUUGAUGUAAAUCUCCGCAACGAGGACUCACUUGUGAAGAACUAUGGGCUCCUUUCUUGUUUUAAGAAAGACAUGCACAAAGUGGAGACUUACCUGAAAGUGAUGAAAUGCCGCCGCUUUGUAGAGAGCAACUGCACUAUCUAA